CAACUUUUCACUUUUCUCGAAAUGCAUAGUACGACCAUACUUCAGUGGUGACGACUUUAUUUUGAACAAACAGACAACCCGAUAUAUUGGCUGCACGUGUGUUGCAGCGGACCCAUGUCUUAGAAGUGGAUGGACAACACAUUCCUCUUAAAAUCAGGAAUGCUGACACGCCUGAGGUGGACGUGCCAGUCAAGGCCGAUCUGGAUGUGAGCAUGUUCUCCAAGGACAGCGAGGAGGUGCUCCAGCCUGUGAACGAGAUUCCCCAGCGACCCAUUCAGGGCUCCUUCCACUGCACCAACUGCCCAGAUCUCACACACACACACACACACACACACACACACACACACACACACACACACACACACACACACACACACACACACACACACACACACACACACACACACACACACACACACACACACAGUCACGUCACACACACACACAGAUACAGACAUACACAUUUAAACAUGUGCGCACACACAUGCACACAGGUCUUACCCCAGGACACAAACACCCUGCGCCACAGCAGCCCUUCGCCAUCCAGUCUCAAUAGCCAUGCCUCUGGGGCCAUUUCCAAAUUCUUAAUCCGCUGCAACCCAUUUCCCAGCCCGCAAGCAGCAGGGUAUGUUGGAGACAACUUGACCCAUGUGAGGAACACAUCCCCCAAACCAGUGGAACACAUCUCCCAGACCCCAUCUUGCAGUGAAGUCUUCUUCAUAACGGACACAGAUGUGCUCUAUUAUGCCCUGUGCGUCAGGAAAAAGGACAUUGAUUCCAUUCUUGGAGGCCACACAACUCAAAUGGAUGUUAAGCCAGCUGAAGGUUCAGACCUCCGCUAUGUUUUCCUUGAAGGGAAGAGUCCAGAGCGGGUUAUGGAAAAGCUGCAGGUUUUUCUCAACAAGCUUCAUUUAAGACUACGAACUCAAGAAAUCCCACUAUGGACACUCGAUCGCGACCGACAGGUUAGAAUUCAUCAACUGGUUCAGAAGUAUAAUAUAAUUUAUCCUACUGUCCUCAUCAAUCAGGUUGGAGAUCUCCUCGGCCUUGUAGGACCUUCCAAGGAAAGUUAUGAGAUGAAGCAGAGGCUCCUGGGAAAACCCAUAGACCUGCUACCAGCUGGGCUAACAGAUCCCAUCCCAUGGGCUCCUGGCCCCGUACCGGACCCUGUGUCUGCUACUGCACCAGAUUACUAGUAAAUGAACUACAUUUUGCUGUAGCUUAGUGGUGGUGGAACUAAAUUCAAAUCAAGAUAGUGUUUGCAGUAGUUCACUACUUGUUGUCAUGUAGCAGUGUAGCUAACUACUGGAACUACAUACUACGUUUUGGCCGUGUAGCUAACUACUGGAACUACAUACUACGUUUUGGCCGUGUAGCCAACUACUGGAACUACAUACUACGUUUUAGCCGUGUAGCCAACUACUGGAACUACACACUACGUUUUAGCCAUGUAGCCAACUACUGGAACUACACACUACGUUUUAGCCAUGUAGCCAACUACUGGAACUACACACUACGUUUUAGCCAUGUAGCCAACUACUGGA